CACUCUAAGGAUUGCCCUAGUUUUUGACUUUCCCCGUGUCGUUGGCCUCCAUGUAGCUCUGGCACAGCACAGGCAGCCUCGGCGAUUCCUAACAGCCUCGAAAGUUCAUUGAACGCAUCCAAAACAGAAAGGGUCGAGGCCAAAGUUACACACAGGGAAAGUUCACCACAAACAGAGGGAGAGCGGCGCCUGAUUAUCUUCAUUCAGUCACAACCAUUUCAACGCUUCGUUGGUCAACGCGAGUGGAGGGUGGAUCACUAACUCGCUCACUCCCAAUCAGAAUGGGUGGAUAUCCCGGGAUCAAUUUGGCCAGCCAUCGGCGAGACGACCGACAUUAUGAUCGGAAGCGACGGGAGCUCCGCAGACAUCUGCCCGCCCUCAAGCAAUAUUUGGGGAAAUUGACUGAUCAAGGUGAGACGGAAAACGUUCGGUUUCAAUGCUCCAUUGUGGAGGCGGUGUGGCGAUCUCAGGGGUUUCGAAUGGCUGUGAGUAAAAAGUUGAUGGACACUCUCCAGAGUUGCGGGCAUACCGUGCCCGCCAAUGGCGGCUAUUUCGAAGAGAACAUCUUCAAGCGGGCCAAAACCAAGGAGAGCUACUUGGAAUUGGCGGCCCGAGUCAUUCUCUACAUUCGUGAGCAGCACACCAAAGCCGAGAUCAACCUUAAGAUGCAACACCUCAAGGACACGCUGACCCAACGGGCGGCUCAGAAAAGAGCCGCCACCGGGGCCCAAGGGAGGAGGGAGGCAGAUGAAGGACACUCCGCCAGUAAAAAAUUGAAAGUUAUAGACGCACCCGCCGAAUCGCUGCCAGCAACCCAAUCGAGGCAUUCCAGAGAAGCCGAUAAUCAUCAUCGUUCUCCACCUCCUACCAAACCUCUAUUGUCAUUCAAGAACAGCAACGAGGACAUCCAAUCUUGAUGUAUUCAUACGACUGAUUUAUUAAAAAUGCAAUAAAAAAGCAAUUCUCAAAGAAUGAAGAA